AUCCUCAACCACCCAUCCAUCAUCCCGUCUACGAACCGUUGUUUCCUCACAACACCAUGAUUUCACAACGAGAUCGGAAACUCUUCCGAGAUGAUAUCCGCGCUCGAGGGACAAAGCUCAGUGCUGCUGAGCGUGAGAACCUUCUUAAACCAUACUUACCAGAACCGUCGGAUCUACCACGUCGGCCUCCUCCACGGCGAAAGAAAGCGACAACCCGAAAAACCCCUAUCCGCACAUUCCUCAAAUCUCAGCUGCACCAUCUAAUCUACUCUGUCAUUCAUAUUAUCUUUGGGAUUGCUGUGCGUCUGAUUCAGGUCUAUCAUGCGGUCUUGGAUCGCAUUCUUGCCGUGGUAUAUCACCACCAUCGCACGCCUGAGUUGAUCCGAAAAGACGUCAAAAACCUCGAUCGCCUGCCAGAGCAUCUAAGCGUGAUAUUAUCGCUUCGGGCUGGGGAUGAUGCUCUUGCCAUAUUGAUGGACGAAGUGGCAGAACUCGCUGCCUGGAGUGUAAGUGCCGGUAUUCCCGUACUGAGUGUUUAUGAGAAAAACGGCAUUCUGAAAUCAUGCAUACCCAGCUUGAACCAAGUCAUUCUAGUCAAGCUAUCCUCAUACUACGGCUCACCUUCUCAACAACCAACAUUGCGGCUCUUUGCUCCUCACCACCCCAUCCAUCAAGAUAAUUUUUCUACCCCCAGAUAUAAUCCGGACACGCUCACAAUACUUCUUCUUUCUGCUACCGACGGCCGGGAGACUUUUGUGGACCUCACUAAAACCUUGGCUGAAAUGUCCCAGAAUGGCAAGCUGUCGCCUGAGGACAUCACUAUAGAACUUGUCGACGCGGAGAUCAGUGAGAUUACUACACACCCUUCUCAGGUUACACCGUCAGAUUUGGGCGGGAGCAAAAUGACUCCCAGUUCAAUUUCUAUAAAGCCUGAGCCAGAUCUUCUUUUAGUGUUCGGUCCUUUUUUGAAACUUGAUGGCUAUCCACCCUGGCAUAUUCGUCUCACAGAAAUGCUCUGUACGGGGGAUAAUAGUAGCAGCAUAACCGGCUCUGGCGAGGCUGUCGAGUAUCAAAGUUUCUGUCGGGGUCUGUGGCAUUAUGCAGGAGCUCAAAUGAGGUUUGGGCGAUGAGAGUUUGCAAUUUUCUGAGUAUAUUUUUUUUCCUUCUUUUCUAGGGAAAAAAAAAGGUGCAUUCCUUCUGAAACUGGAACACUUAUGUCAAAUUGAUGGGGAUGUGACAGGUUACUUGUAGAAAUAAGUAUAGGGUAAUAGGUAUCCUUGCUUGUACUGUACUGAACUGAUAAACAUUUUUGAUCGGCAAUUAUAGUUGCACAU